AUGAAGCGGUUGAAGCUCAAACACCCGGCAGGCCAACGUUGGAGACCUCUUGAAAGAACUCUGCGAGCUUCACAACAUGAGGUCCAGAUUCACAGUUUGCAAGUCGAAGGUGAUGCUAAUGUCCCUGCGAGCUUAGCACGUGGGAGGCUCAAAGUCCAGAGGCUCUCCUUUGCAUGCAAGGAGCUGGCGAAGCACGGGCCCCUGAGACCCGAGGAAACUCGAGGAAUCUCCGAGGACCUCAGCAAGGUCACAGAGCUAGAUGUGAAUGCGUAUGGGCAGCCUACUAGACCGGAUGAGUCUGGUUUUCGCACAGGAGUUCCUCCCCCGCCCGAGGUGGCAGACGUGCUGACUCGCACAGCAGAGGAAGCCGCGGCUGCGGUCGCCUCCGAGUUGGUGCAGCAGCGAAAGUGUGUUGAUAAGAAGGUGUGCCAGACGCAGAUUGACAACAUGCGCGGUGCGGUCAUGUGCCGUGGAAGCAUAUAUGCCAUCAACUGUCAUGGACUCCUGUCGCACCACUUGCACUGGCUCUAUGACGUGAACGUUUGCAAGAGGAUGGCGGGUGACGACUUGCUAGGCAGGCCUUUCGAUACAGCAGAGGCUGGAGACAGGCAUCAGCUGGAACCCGUCGCCCCGAGUGGCACUGCGAAUGGUAGAUCGAAUGACCUUGCGCAGCAGAUGUCAGUCCAGGACUUCUCCGGGUGUUGCUCUACGCUUAUGCAGGACAUGAAACUUACGGAGCAGAAGGAUUUGUUGCCGCUGCUCGUUGGCGUUCUGCAGCACGUUGGAAGCGCAGAGUUUGCACACGGCCAUGCACCAAAGAAGCGCAGUGGGGCGUUCAGCAAGUCCGUGAAAGUUGCCUUGGAUGAGGCAGAAAAGGUGGAGGAGUGCGAGUCCUUCAGAAGGCUACGCCGUGCCGCUCUCACUUCCGAUGCGAGGUAUCUGUUCCAGCAGGAGCUGAGCAGCAAGGACUGCGACCUGCACCAAGUCGAUGAGGUACAGAUGCAGGAGUUGGAGCCAACUCUGCUGAGAUUCGGAUUCCCGGCCAGCCAGGCUGGGGUACAUGAUGCCAUGCAAGUUCUGAGUGAGCAGCACGUGGUGAAGACGUGCGAAGCUGAUGACGAUCCUGUACGCCAAGAGCUCGAGGACCGGGAGGAGCUUGACGGAGCGUCGGAGUUGCAGUGCGUGCUCGAGCCUGCCCAGACCAACUUGUGGUGGGCAGGGAAGGAACUCAGGAUGGACCAGACGCUGGAGCAGUAUGUUGGCAAGAAUGAAAAGACGAAGAUCGUCACAAAGCUUGCUCCGAAAGCCUCUGGAGCUCCUGUGCGGGAGCCCCGAAUAGACGAGAACACGCACAAGGCGAUGAUGGCCCAUUACUACCGAAAGCAGGAGGAGAGCAAGAAGCUCCAGGACGACGAGGACGACUCUUACCUGGAUUCGGAGUGGGCCAACCCGAAGGCUCUGAAGAGUGCCUUGGUUGGCGGCGGAAGGCCCAUCUCCUGGAAAACAAGAUGA